CGUCGGAGACGGGACUGCAUUCGCGCGCGGUUAAAGAGAAUGGAUCACUCCGUCAAAGCCAUGAACAGUCACCGUAAAGUCGUUUUUUCACGACUCCUCAACAAACAUCAAUUUGAGAAUGCAGAACUUGAGCAAUUAUAUCGUCGUUAUACCAUUAAAUUGCAACAAACUUCCAGUGUUUUGGCCCUGGUUGCUUCACUGGCUGCCAGCCUAGCUGCACUGCACGUGGCUUCAGUGCGUUUUGUGAGCGCCGCUGCACUCUACUAUAUUUUCGUAUUUUUGAUCUUUGCUGUAGCCCUUUUUCUGCUACAGGGGGGCUAUGCGAAAGAUACUCAUUUACCGCCCCUGUGCUACGCGGUGCUCUUGCUGUGCGGGGGUCUUUGUGUAUUGGGGCUGCCCGUCAGCGUAGCGGAGAGCGUGACAUGGGGCGCCGCAUCCUGGGGCCAAGAGCACGCGGCUGCUCAUGGUGUAUGGGAAGUAGUCUUCGUACUCUUUAUUUCUUAUUGCCUAUUGCCCCUCAAAACAAGAGUUGCAGUUUGUGUGGGAAUAAUCUUACCCACUGUACACACUAUUGUUGCCGGCACAUCAUCCAAACAAUUACCAGAGCUACUUUGGCAACAGAUUGCUGCCAAUAUUUUGGCUUUUAUCUGCGUAAAUGUUGUGGGAAUAUUCGUUCACAAUCUGAUGGAAAGAGCCCAAAGAAAAGCUUUCUUAGACACUCGAAAUUGCAUCAAAGCUCGCCUAGAAAUGGAGGACGAAAACGAAAAACUAGAGCGACUUUUACUGAGUGUGCUACCACAACAUGUUGCCAUGGAAAUGAAGGCAGAUAUAAUCCGACCAAGGGAAGGUCCAUUCCAUAAAAUAUACAUUCAGAAACACGAGAACGUAAGCAUUCUUUUUGCUGAUAUCGUGGGUUUUACAGUUCUGGCUUCACAAUGUACUGCUCAAGAGCUUGUCAGACUUUUAAACGAACUUUUUGGGAGGUUUGACCAGCUAUCAAAUGAUAACCACUGCCUUCGAAUUAAAAUACUUGGAGAUUGUUACUAUUGCGUUAGUGGUCUGCCUGAUCCUAGAUCUGAUCAUGCUCAUUGUGCUGUAGAAAUGGGAUUAGACAUGAUUGAUGUGAUAGCGUCAGUUGUAGAAGCAACCGAUGUUCAUCUUAACAUGAGAGUAGGUAUUCAUACAGGUCGAGUUCUGUGUGGUGUUCUUGGUCUCCGGAAGUGGCAAUAUGACGUCUGGAGUAAUGAUGUCACACUUGCGAAUUAUAUGGAAGCUGGUGGUGAGCCUGGGCGAGUUCAUGUUACUCAGUCAACAUUUGAUUAUCUGCAUGGAGAAUAUGAAGUGGAACCUGGUCAUGGAGCUGAUCGCAAUUCAUACUUAAGAGAGCACAAUGUUGUAUCCUAUUUUAUAGUUCCUCCUAGUCAUCGUAGAAAACCUUUAAUGUUCAGUAAUGUGCAAAUGCGAGCAAUGGGUAAUAGAAGAAAAUUAUCUUUCAAAAAUGUCUCGAAUGUUGUGGUGCAAUUACUUCAUUCCAUCAAAUACAGCAUGGAUGUUCCUUUUUCGAAUAUGGCAGUUCCAUCUGGACCCCCUACUGAGAAACAAGGAACGAAAAUUUCUUCACUGGCGGACAAAUUAAGGAAGCCUUUUAAAAAAAGACAUUCCACGGUGUAUCAUCAACCAACAAGUCGAGUUAAUAAAUACUUAGCUCAAGCAAUUGAGGCGAGAAGUGUUGAUCAAGAGAAAUCUACUCAUGUGAAUAUUGUAACUCUAUUUUUCAAAGACAGGUUAAAGGAAACACAGUAUUAUAGUGAAAAAGAUGAUGGGUUUGCUAACAGCAUGGUUUGUUGCUUGACUGUUCUUUUAUUAAUGGGAUGUUUAGAAGUUCUUAUGCUAACAAGAUCAUUUCUAAUGGUGAUAGCUUUCAUCUUUGCUUGUUGUUGGAUUGUUCUCUUGAUAGCUUUGUCCUUGGGAGCGAAAAUGAAGUUCAUUCUUUGGAAUAUUAACCAAUCAUUUUCCAUGCGCAUGGCAUCGAUUGUUCUUACUAUUACGUUUAUAUACAUUGUGGCUCAAAUAAAUGUGUUUUCCUGCAUAAAAGAGCCAAAGUGCACUCCAUCAUCGAAAUCCACUCAAACGUCCUUCCUUCAUGAUCACUAUUAUUGUCCACUGCCUCAUUACAUCAUUCUUACUUGCAUUCUUACUUUCUUAUCAGUGGUUGUUUUUCUUAGAGUGCCCAUUGUGAUAAAAGGAUUAUUGCUUGUUCCUAUGACACUGAUUUUUAUUGUUGCCAUACAAUUUGUAAAAUUCCAAAUAUUCUAUUGUUAUGAUGAAAGAGUAGGGUCUAUUGUGCCUGAACAACUUAUUGGGCUUGUUGUGAUAAUCCAUUUUUUAAUUGCUGUUUUUAUCCAUGGAAGACAAGUGGAAUGGACUGCAAGAUUAGAUUUUCUUUGGAAUUUACAGGCUAAUGAAGAGAAACAUGAAAUGCAUGAAUUACAGAAUAGUAAUAGAAGAAUACUGUUCAAUUUGCUUCCUGCUCAUGUUGCCACUCAUUUUCUAGACAAUCAGUUCAAGAACAAUAUGGAUCUCUACAAUCAAAGCUACUCUAAAGUAGGAGUUGUAUUUGCUUCAAUUCCGAAUUUCCAUGAAUUUUACAUGGAACUUGAUGGAAAUAAUCAAGGAAUGGAAUGCUUGCGUUUGCUGAAUGAAAUAAUUGCAGACUUUGAUGAACUUUUAGAUGAUGAAAGGUUCAAAUCUAUUGACAAAAUUAAAACUGUUGGAAGCACUUACAUGGCAGCUAUAGGACUUAUGCCCGAAUUCCGUAUUAUUGAAAAUGAUCCAUCAUCAGCAGUUGAAUACAUGAGUAUAUUAGCUGAAAUGGUUUUUGCAUUUAAGGAUAAACUAGCUGAUAUAAAUGAAAAUUCUUAUAAUAACUUCUUUUUAAGAGUAGGUAUAAAUGUAGGACCAGUUGUAGCUGGAGUAAUUGGAGCAAGCAAACCUCAAUAUGAUAUUUGGGGAAACACUGUAAAUGUGGCCAGUCGAAUGGAUAGUACAGGUCUUCCCAAUCAUGUACAGGUAACUGAAGAGGUGUAUACACUUUUAAAAGGACGAUAUGUCUUCCAGUGUAGAGGAACAGUGAAAGUAAAAGGAAAAGGUGAUAUGACAACAUAUUUUCUUUUAAGGCGAAAAACUGAAGCUGAUAUGCUUGAAACUGAUGAAAUAAUGCAAAUAAAAGACACUUCUUGUGAAACCCCUCGUAGUAGUCUGGAAAAUAGCAGCUACCAUCGAGGACGAAAAUCUCACAUGCAUCUCUCUGGACCAACUAAUGAAAUACACUCAACAAGCAGUCCCCGUCUACCAUCAAUGCAGCUUCCUCCAUGGCAACCUCGAACGCAACAAUCUACUGAAAAUGAUUCUUCUGACCUCUAUAACCAACCUAAACCUAUAAUUGGAAACACAAAAUCAUAUUCUCAAACCCGCCCACGAUAUAAUCAAAGUCUCAUGAAUUCAAGUCAUUCAAAUUCUUCCUUACAUGAAGGGAAAGAAGAUUUACAAGAAAAAUUACAAAAGCUGAAUAGUGGCUCUGAAAUUUACACAAAUAAAGUAUACAGACCAUCUAAAAUGUACACACAUCCCAGGUCCCAUUCAAUCAACAAAUCCCCAUUAGUUUUGACACCUCCUGAAGAGUUACAUCAAUCUUUUUCAAUACUUCCCAUGAAUGAUUCAGAAUCUGCUGUUGCAAGCUGUGGUAUGAGCAGUAGUCAUGACAGUCUCUUAGGACAUGACAAAAACAUCUCAGGUGAUUCAUGUUCAUUAAAUCGUUCUUCUAUGUCAUCCUGCGAUAGUUACAUUCACACUGAUGUUGAUUCUCCUGCCUUGUAUGACUACCAGUGGGUAUACCCCAUUGAUAAUGCCAAGGAUUCUUUAGUUUCAGAUGGUUCAAGAAAUUCAUCUGACAACAAACUUCCAGAAGUUGGAUUGUCACCCUCACAUAACAGUGCCUGUAAUAAUUGCAAUAACGUUCUGAACUUUUCAAAGUUAAACCAGAUGAAAGGGGCAUUGAAUUAUGAUAACUCGAAAAUAAUAAUCAGUGAAGGCGUUCCGUUAUCACCAAAGAAUAUAACUACCGCAAAUGGUUCUAAUUUUCCACCACUUAAGGACUGUUUACAAAACGUAAAUGAAAGUCCUGUGGAAUCAUCUUCUCAUAGUUCUUUAUCAGGUAUGAAGGAACAAGAUGAAUCUCACAGUGAUAUGAAAAAAAAUUCACUAAAAGAAUUUUACAAGAACUCAGGAAGUCAUAAUGACCAACUGGAGUACAGUAAAUAUGAGUGUAACAUUCCUCUUCAGAACUUACAUGGAGAUGCCUCAUCUGAAAAUUAUUUGAAUGGCAAAGAACCUCUAAAUAGUCCAUCAAAGCCUUUUCACGGAGAAGAUGACACUCUUACUCCCUAUAAUUAUUCUUGUAAAAUUCCCUAUUCUAAUAGUCAGCAGAAUGAUGAAUCUAGCAAAAGCCAAUUGCUUUCAUCUCACUCUACUCUGAAAUCUCCAAGUGAACGAUCAGAAGAAUCUUCAAAUAAGUUGCCAAAAGAUCUUGUAAAUAAUAAAUAUUCCUAUAAUACUAAUUUGCAGUCACCUCAAGCUAUAGACAGGGAAAACUAUAAAACUAUUGGUGAUGAACAUAAUGUUUCAAAUGCUGCCUCUGAGCUAACUGAUAGUGAUGAAAGUGACGACGAUAAAGCAGUUGAUGUCCCCUUGAUGGAUGACUAUUGUAAUGAUGAUCCUGCUUUGGAGAAUGCAUCCUUGCUGAAUGAGCAUGGACUUACUGAUGCUGAAGGCGCUCUUAGUGAUUUAAACUCUAUAAUUAAUGAUCCAUGUCCCAAUGAUGGCGAUAUGGAUGAUACAAGUAUAUCUUCUCGCGCAAGUAGUAGAAUGUUUGAUAGUGAUCAGCUGCUAAGUGUUGAUAGCUUAAAUAUUAUGUAUGAUUCUGAAUAUGAUAAUUAUCGGCCAGGAAUUGCAAGUGAUGACGAUAUCUUUCAUCAGGAUCAUGGUUCAGAAGCAGAUAUAGAAUAUUUAGAAGACCCUAAUAUGGAGCACAUACGAAUGCUGUCAAAUAAUAUUACACAAAACUUUGGUUUACCUUCAAAAAAUGAAAAAGAUUCGAAUGAAUUAGGAUGAUGUGAGUGUAUUAUUCAUUUUAAAGUUUAAAUGCAUGUAUUCAAACACUUUAGUGCAAUAAUUCAUUUUUUGUGUUAUGAGUUAUAAUCAUCCAUACUUAUCACAUGCUCGAAUCAUCGCCUUUUGGCAUUUAAGUUGUAAAAUUAUGUCAUGCAUGAAUGAAAUCUGUUUAAAAAAAUAUUGUGGAUAAACCUAUAUAAAUCUACAAAUUAUUUAAAAUUAUGCAGACUACAAGACUUUGUUUGUCAGUAUACAUUAUGAUCCUAUAGUGGGGCAAUAUAUAAAGCUUGGAAAAGGGUACAUCUUUGUUAUGUAAGAUAACUGUUUGAAAUUAAAAAUUCUACUUCUCACAAUUGCCAAUAAUUGAAAAACAUUACGUUUCUGUAAAUAUAUUUGGGCAAAGGUAUGAAGAUAGUUAAUAUUUUAUAAAUUUAAAAGUCAGUUAAAUAUAUACAGUGUGCAGAAAAAUGCUACACCUUUUUAAUUUAUUUUGUGUAGUUAAAAAUAGCAUGCUCUAUUUUGCUUGUUAAAAAAUUUAAUUUUACUUUUGCACAAGCAAUUUUUAAUUUUAAACUGAUGCCUAAAAAGAAUUCAAGUGAAAAUAAUUUUAGAGUGAAGAUAUAUUUAAAUGUUAUAAAAAUUUAAAACCUUGCAAUCUAUUCAACUUUUCUUAGAGUUCAAUUAUGUAGGGAAAAGAAUAUUUCAAAAAAAAUUAUUUAGAUG